AGACUGUUUGCCACGUACUGAACGAAUGGACGGAAUACCAAUAAAUAGUCUAAUCGAUACCUUGCUUUUCAGCUCUGAGACUUGAACACUUGAUGUCUAGCUCAAAUAUCCUUCUCUCCAACUCGAAACCUUGUCGUCUGUACUCGUCGGCCAUGACUGAAAGUACCAGUCACGGGAGCCACGGAUUUUACUCACGUGCUCAAAGAAUUUUCAAUUUCCGUUUCUGUGCAUGCACGCGCACGGUCCGACCUGUGGCUCUUACUUUUCCACAUCAAGCCAGAAAAGUUCAAAGUUCUACUCAGAUCCUGUAGAAGCAGUGAAAGAUAUCCCUAAUGGAGCUACCAUUCUUGUGGGAGGCUUUGGAUUAUGCGGUAUUCCGGAGAAUCUUAUUAACAGUUUACUGAAGACUGGUGUUAAGGGCCUCACUGCAGUCAGUAACAAUGCAGGAGUGGAUAACUUUGGCCUGGGCCUGCUGCUCCAGACUAAGCAAAUCAAAAGGAUGGUCUCCUCGUAUGUUGGAGAGAAUGCAGAAUUUGAACGACAGUAUCUGUCAGGGGAGUUGGAAGUGGAACUAACUCCACAGGGUACUCUUGCAGAGAGGAUCAGGGCAGGGGGAGCUGGGGUUCCAGCCUUCUUCACUGCUACUGGCUAUGGCACUCUUAUCCAAGAGGGAGGUUCUCCUAUUAAGUACAACAAAGAUGGUAGCAUUUCCAUUGCCAGUGAGAAAAGAGAGGUGAGGGAGUUCGGUGGUAGGCACUACAUCAUGGAGAAGGCCAUCACUGGAGAUUUUGCACUGAUCAAAGCAUGGAAAGCUGACAAGGCAGGGAACGUUGUUUUCAGGAAAACAGCUAGGAACUUCAACCAGCCUAUGUGCAAGGCAGCCAAAACCACAAUAGUUGAGGUGGAAGAGGUGGUGGAUGUCGGGACUUUUGCUGCAGAAGACAUCCACAUACCCAGCAUCUACAUCCACAGGGUUGUCCAGGGAGCCGGCUAUGAGAAAAGGAUUGAGAAACGCACAGUAAAGAAAAGCCAAGAAGAGACGCCCAAACCAAAGAAGGAAUCUGACAUUGUUCGAGAAAGGAUCAUUCGCAGGGCUGCUUUGGAGUUUGAGGAUGGCAUGUAUGCUAACCUCGGCAUUGGUAUCCCCAUGCUAGCCAGCAACUUUAUAAAACCAGACAUCACUGUACACCUCCAGAGUGAAAAUGGAAUUUUGGGACUGGGGCCAUACCCUACUGAGGAUUCAGUGGAUGCAGACCUGAUUAAUGCUGGGAAGGAGACUGUCACUGUGCUCCCUGGGGCGGCAUAUUUCUCUAGUGAUGAGUCAUUUGCCAUGAUCCGAGGGGGUCACAUCAACCUGACAAUGUUGGGUGCCAUGCAGGUGUCAAAACAUGGAGAUCUAGCGAACUGGAUGAUCCCAGGUAAGAUGGUGAAAGGAAUGGGAGGAGCCAUGGAUUUAGUGGCAAGUGCUGGAACUAAGGUGGUAGUCACCAUGGAGCACUCCGCUAAGGGAGGAAAGCACAAAAUACUGGAAAAAUGCAGCCUGCCUUUGACGGGGAAACAAUGUGUGGAUCGGAUCAUCACAGAAAAGGCUGUGUUUGAUGUGGAUAAGACAAAAGGCCUGACUCUGAUAGAAUUAUGGGAGGGGCUUACUCCUGAAGAUAUUAGGGCAUGCACUGGCACAGAUUUCGAGGUGUCCCCCAAACUGAGGCCUAUGCAGCAAAUUUAGAGGAGCUUUCAUUGGCUCUGAGAUGUGUUUUUGGUUUGUGUCGCUUAAUUUCUCUGUGGUAAAUGGGUUAUUUAAGGGCCUGAGAUGGGUCAAAUAAGCUUAUAAAACAUGAGUACCAGGUUCAGUUCCUUGGUAAUCAGCAUGCAGCUGUCAGAAGUAUUUACCUCUGCAAUAUUAACUGAAUGUGAUUAAUAGGAGCCCCUGUGUAAUGUUAUUUUGCGGUCUGAUCUCACAGAAGAUUGGGGAAAAUUGCAUUGUUGCCUAUUACAGAGUUAAGUUAUAAAUAUUUUACUUAUGUUUGUCAGGCUCUUACCAAAUAAUCAGUUUGAAAAUGUAUUUGAAAACAUUGAUAUUCUUUUUAUUUUCUCCAACUUUACUAGUAUUGUGAGAACAAAUGAGGCAAAGACUAUUGAAUCAAAUUUACUGUAAGAUUCAUAAGUUACUGUAAUGAGAUACAGAAAGGUCAAGAAAUAUUUUAACAGUGAACCGGUUUCCAGAUGCUUGGCUCUCUACACCACAACAAGAGAUUUAAAAAUGAACAAUCAGUAUGUAUAUAAAUGCAAACAAAGCAAUAAUUCAAGAAUUAAAAGUAUAGUGUGAAAUGUUCCAUAUCAAGUCCCGACCUUUCCAGCCUGCUUCAUUGGUGAAGGAAUAAGAGUGCCUGACGCUUUCCCCAAUUUGGAUGUGAAUUACUAUACAACUGUAGCUUGAACAUGCUUGGUAAACUGGCCCCGUGUCCAAAUACAUAUGGAUUCUUAACUGUAAAGCUGAAAUGUAAUGAAUCAAACCCAGUGUUCUAUAGGUCAAUUGAUUAUUCAUUUAUCAUAGACGCAAUAUUAUGUACUUUUAAAUUGUGCUUUAUCAUGAAGAAAAAAAGGUUUUUAGAUUAUGCGUCCAAUGUAGGAUAUCUUAUUUUGUUUUGUUUUGUUUUUUUCUUUUGAAAAAUGAAGAUGAUAAUGAGACAUGAUUUUACUAGUAACUUCUGCCAUAAUGUACACUUGUCUCUUUUUCUCAUAGUCCCAGGUGUUUUGAAGUUGGUGGACAGGGCAAAUAUUUCCACAGGAAAACAUAAAGCCUUAACAAUUUUUACUGUGACAUUUGAUGUUCGGUUGCAAUUGUUUGUAAAAUUAAAUACAACAGUCGAACAAG